UUUAUUGUUUAUGUUAAUCGGCGGAAUGGUUCAGUCAUUGGUUCGUGAUAGUUGAGAGAAUGGAACGCAACGGGUAUAUUAUUUUAAUUUUUCGCUCAUGGUAGUUGUGUAUUGUAUAUCCAGUUUUGUGGGUUUAAAAAAUUCAAGUUUAUGUAGGUAAAAGUAAAAGAGAUUCGUUAAAACUCUGGAUAAUAUUUUUUAUUUUUAACUCGCCACUUCCAUGAUAUUAUAAGAAGGAAAAAUGGAGGAACCUAAACACGAUGAAAAACAAAAGAAAAAUCCAUUUGAUAGCAGUAAUAUUUUAUCAGAAUUAUUUUUCUGCUGGUUAUUGCCCUAUUUUGUGACCGGUUACAGAAGAGAGUUAACGGAAGAUGAUAUGUACAGCCACAGAAAAAUACACGAUUCGACCAGAUUGGGAGAUCAACUAGAAAAAUUAUGGACGAAAGAAACACUUCAUGCAAAGUCACCAUCCUUAUUAAGAUGUAUUUUAAGGACUUAUUCAAUUCAGCUAAUAGGCUUGAGUCUGUGCAUAUUAACAUCUGAAUGUUUGAAGAUACUUCAACCGCUUUUUAUUACAAAAUUAAUGCGACUCUAUCAAUCAGUAGACUUUGAAGAAAACAAAAACGACAUCUACAUUUAUGCUUUACUUGUCGUUGGAAUAGCAUUUAUUAAUAUAAUAAUAACACAUUUUUAUAACUUCCGAAAUGCUGAACUUGGAAUGAAAAUGAGAAUAGCCUGUUCGUCGCUUAUGUAUAGAAAGGCUCUAAAGUUAAGCAAAUUGGUUUUAGUUGACACUACAAUUGGAAAAAUGGUAAACCUUAUGUCAAACGAUGUUGGACGAUUUGAUACAUGCUUUCAAUUUAUACAUGUUGUAUGGCUCGGACCAAUAAUGGUAAUUUUAGUAACUUAUUUAACAUACUCGACAUAUGGAUGGAUGGGUGUCUCAGGAGUUUUGCUUCUAAUGGGAUCCAUGCCUAUGCAAAUGUUAUUGGGAAAGAAAAAUUCACAAUUUCGUUUAGCUACUGCUAUUAAAACUGAUGAACGAGUACGACUUAUGAACGAAAUAAUAAAUGGAAUUCAAGUUAUCAAAAUGUAUACAUGGGAAAAGCCAUUUACGAAAAUUGUAGAAGUUGCACGAUUGAACGAAAUAAAAUUCAUUAGAAUGAGCUCGUACAUUAAAGGAUUCUUAAUGUCAAUGAGUCUUAGCAACAGUAGGUGUUCGAUUGCACUAGCUGUUAUUACCUACGUUGCUACAGGAAAUACCCUAACAUCAACAUACGUCUAUACCAUAGCAUCUUAUUAUCGAAUACUGGGCAUGGUUACCAUGUUUUUUCCUCAGUCAGUUUCACAGACUUAGACCCAAAAGGUCUUAAAAAAGAAACUAUGAUCAAUACAGGUUUUAAGUUACACCAAAUUUCCGCAAAAUGGGAUAAAUCUCAUUCUGAGAUGAACUUGGAAAAUAUUUCAAUGGAUGUAUCUUCGAAAAGUUUGGUGGCCGUCGUAGGAGCCGUAGGCAGUGGAAAAUCCUCACUAUUUCAAGUAAUCCUUCAAGAAUUAGAACCUUUAGAGGGUUACAUUGAAGUAAAUGGAAAAAUAUCAUUUGCAUCGCAAGAACCUUGGUUGUUUGGUGGCACCAUUAGACAAAACAUACUUUUUGGACAACCCUACGACAAACAGAGAUACGAAGAAGUUGUCACAGUGUGUGCUUUACAAAGGGAUUUAACUCUCUUACCUUAUGGUGAUAAAACUCGGAUAGGUGAGAGAGGAGUUACCCUUAGUGGAGGUCAAAGAGCUAGAAUCAAUUUAGCUAGAGCAAUAUAUAAAAAAGCAGAUAUAUAUCUUCUUGAUGAUCCUUUGUCUGCGGUAGAUACUCAUGUUGGAAAACAUUUGUUUGAUGAAUGCAUUUGCAGAUUUUUAGCUGAUAAAUGUGUGGUUCUAGUCACGCACCAGUUGCAAUAUUUAAAGACUGUACAAAAUAUUAUUUUAUUAGAGAAUGGUCAAAUAAGAGCUUCAGGUGCAUAUGUAGAUAUUAGAAAAUCGAAUAGUAUUUUUACCAAACUUCUGGAAGAGCUAGAAAAGGAGGAAGAAGAUGAAGAAAAACAAAAAAAAGUUAAAAAGAAACUAUAUAUCGAAAAUCAAGGAGAAAAAGAAGCUCCUGCUUUAGUAAAAGAAGAAAAAGGUGUAGGCAAGGUUACUACCUACGUUUAUAUGAACUACAUUAGAGCUGGUGGAAGUUUAUGUAAAGUUUUAUUACUACUUUUAGCCUUUAUUCUGAGCCAGGUUCUUGACACUUCUUCAGAAUAUUUUGUAACAAUAUGGGUUAAUAUUGAGCAGUGGGUAAUACAAACGUAUAAUUCAACAACAGUUUUGCACAAAACCAACCAAUCUUCCACAGUAAUUGCUAAUCCAUACGACUUGACCAAAGAUCACUGGUUGACUUCGUUCUUCACCGGAAAUAUAACUGUAUACGUUUACAUGACUUUUGUUUUAUUAUUGCUUAUAGUGACUUAUACACGUUCAAUAUUUUUCUACAGAUGGGGUCUAUCUUCUUCUAUAGUUAUGCAUAAUAAAAUGUUUGAUAACAUCAUAUAUAGUCCUAUGUAUUUCUUUAAUAAUAAUCCAUCUGGGAGAAUUUUAAAUAGGUUUUCCAAAGAUAUUGGUAUUGUAGAUGAGGUGUUACCAACUACUAUUUUGGACACACUUCAGAUCGGUUUAUCAGUAUUAUCCAUAUGUCUCGUUAUUGGAACAUUAAGUCCUUGGAUGCUUAUACCGACUAUAGUAGUAUUGGUAAUAUUUUAUUUCAUGAGGUUUAUAUUUUUGGAGACCAGUCGAGAUGUAAAGAGAGUGGAGUCCAUCAAUCGCAGUCCUGUAUAUUCCCAUCUGACGGCAUCUCUUCAAGGUCUAACUACGAUAAGAGCAUUUAAAGCGCAAGAGAUAUUGGCUGUGGAAUUUGACAAUCUGCAAAAUGUUCAUAGCGCAGCAUUUUUUAUGUAUUUAGGAGCCACUAGAACUUUUGCCUUCUGGUUAGACUUUUUCUGUGUGGUUUACAUUGGGCUAGUUUUAGUUGCUCUUUUGGUUGUAAAAGGAGAAAAAUUUGGAGGAAAUGUUGGCCUGGCUUUAACCCAAUCAAUGAGUCUCACUGGAAUGUUUCAAUACGGCAUUAGGCAGUGGAGUGAAUUAGAAAAUCAAAUGACUUCUGUAGAGAGGGUCCAAGAAUAUACAGAUCUAACGAAAGAAAUUGAAGAAGGUGUAGAUCCUCCUAAAACUUGGCCAGAACGGGGGCAAAUUGUUUUCAACAAAUUAUCCUUAGGGUACUCCAAUACGUUACCUUUGGUUCUAAAAAACCUUAGUUUUAUUGUAAACCCGAAAGAAAAGAUUGGCAUCGUCGGAAGAACUGGAGCUGGAAAAUCCUCUAUUGUUCAAGCAAUGUUUCGGUUGACUUCUACAGAUGGUAGCAUUAUUAUUGAUGGAAUUGACUCAAAAUUAAUCCCAUUAAGUAAAGUGAGGUCAAAGAUAUCCAUUAUACCUCAAGAACCAGUACUGUUUUCUGGUACCGUUAGGUAUAACUUGGAUCCGUUUAACGAAUAUCCUGAUGAGAUAUUAUGGAAGGCUCUGGAAGAUACAGAGCUUAAAUAUGUUGUCAGUGACCUUCCUGAAGGCCUGGACAAUAAAAUGGCAGAAGGUGGUAUUAAUUUUAGUGUAGGACAACGCCAGCUAUUUUGUUUAGCUAGAGCCAUAGUUCGCCAGAACAAAAUACUAGUUUUGGAUGAAGCUACAGCUAAUGUUGAUCUUCAUACAGAUGCACUUAUUCAAAAAACUAUUAGGAAGAAAUUUGUAGACUGCACAGUAAUAACUGUGGCUCAUAGGUUGCACACGAUUAUGGAUUCAGAUAAAGUAUUGGUUAUGGAUGCUGGAGAAAUCCUAGAAUAUGAUAGUCCUCAUAUUCUUUUACAAAACACAAACGGUGUUUUCUAUUCCUUACUGAUGCAGACCGGAAUAAAUACAGCUCAGAACCUAAUAGAAGUUGCCAAAAAAGCUUAUAUACUACGUCAAGAUGCGAUUUCAAGUAGCUGAAUAUUUCCUUAUAUUUUAAAGGAUAUUUAUGUGAAAAAAUUUAAUUUAAAUUAAAAUUCUAAUUUAUUUUGAAUUACAUAACUGAAGUAUUUCUAGAUAUAAUUAAAAAAACAUAUUGUUCAAAAAGACAGCAAUAUUAUCCAUUGAACUUAUUAAAACAUCUUAUUAAAGUAUGUAUAUAAGUUUAUCUUACAAAAAAACAUCAUGGAAAUAUUUUAAAAUGAUUUUUAUGUUCAAAACUAUUUGUUAGUGAAUAUAUUGUUGUUGUUGUAAUAAGUGAAUAUUUGUUGCUGUAUACUGUUUCAUUAUGAGUCUCUUUAAAUGUUACAUUAGUUACAAAAAACUGAAACAAGUAAUGAACGAAGAAAAUCCUUAUUUGUUUAUAAAUGUAAAAAAUGACGACUUGAUAUUUAAAAUAAAUAUCAAGUGAAUAUAUUUUAUUUAUUGUUUGAAUAAAGAAUUUUAUAGAU